AUGUCAGUGGGUGGUCACCGGCUAUGGGCGCACCGUUCGUUUAAAGCCAGAUUGCCAUUGAAAGUACUGUUGCUUAUCCUACAGACUACAACACUGAAUGGGUCGGCACUGUCCUAUGCACGCGAUCAUCGGACACAUCACAAGUGGACCGAUCGGGAACAGGACCCGAAAAAUCCGAGUCGCGGUCUAUUCUACUCGCACUAUGGCUGGUGGCUGUUGAAAAAACAGCCGAUUGUCAAACAAUGGGGCCGUAAACUAAACUAUGACGACCUGUACGCCGAUCCAAUGUUGGUCCUACAGCACCGAUACUAUACACCGUUGGCCAUAGUUUUCGGUUUUAUAAUCCCAACACUCAUACCGUGGCUCAUAUGGUCGGAAAACCCGUUGACGGCAUUCCUGUUGUGCGGUGUUUUGCGUACAUGUGUUAUACUGAAUCACUUGUUUACUGUUAACUCUAUUGCCCACUAUGUCGGUUGGCGUCCCUAUGAUAGACAUAUAUUGCCCACUGAAAAUCGUUUGGUUAUCUACCUGUCCCUGGGUGAAGGCAAUCAUAACUAUCAUCAUACGUUUCCCUGGGAUUAUAGUUCAUCCGAACAAAACUGUUGGGAAUUUUACAAUCCGUCAACUUUUUUCAUCAAAUCAAUGCAAUGGUUGGGUAUGGCCUACGAUUUGAAACGGCCGACCAGUGAACUGGUGGCCAAAGUUGUCGACCGUAAAGGUAUACCCGAGUAUUUCGGUCCAAUCCGUCGGCGACAUGUUUGCACACGACUAGUGUUAGGUUUAGUCGAUUGGAUAGUCGGUAUACUGGUCUCUCUUUGGCCGGUAUUUUCAAUUGUGGCCUUCAAGGCGGCCACCGGUCAGGACAUGAUUAUUAUUGACCAUCGAUUUGAGCCAUACGUCGAUUGGAUGAAAAAUUUUUGGUUUACCGACAAUUUUAUCGUCUAUUGUUGA